AUGCACUCCAUCAUCGCUUUCGGUAUUGCCGUUCUCGUGGCCAUGGCCGCUGCUGAUACGACCGUCACCGUCACGGAGUACCCAAGCACCUGCUCGGCCAGUGAGUGCAAUCAGCCCAGCCCAGGCCCAUCCAACGCACUCGCUGUGCUAUCACAAGCCCUCAGCACAUACCCUGCCAGCACCAAUGCCCUCAGCAUCCUUGAAUCCGCAGAGGCUACCUACCCAGGCCAAAGCACAUACACCGUCACCGAAACCGCUCCCCUACCGCCGUCACAAUAUCCCUCCGCGAACCCGUCAUCAUCGUCAGGUUCAGAAAGCUUACCCUCAGACUCAGCAGGUCUCACCUCUCCUACUCUUCCGGUGCCAUACCCAGCACCAACCACCUCCUCUGUCGAGGUCUCGCCAACUUCACCUGCCUCUGACAGCACCACCGUGGUUCAGAGCACCAUUGCUACGACUGCAACCACCACCGUCCCAGGCUCGGAGACCUCUCCUGCCCCGGCUCCUGAGAGCUCCACCUCCAUCAUUCCGGCUCCUGUCCCAAGCCCAUCGUCGGUCUCCAGCAACGUCGUUGGCCCCACCACCGCCAGCGAGUCCACCCUCAACACGGUUACUUCCGCCACCGCUUCCGGCAGCGAGACUGGCACCGGUGUUCCAUCCGCCACCACGACCGAGGCACCAACCGCCGACACGCCAACCGAGGGUUCUCCAACUGCCCCAUCCGAGAGCUCCCCAAUUCCUCAGACGACCAACGCCGCCUACAUGCAGCAGCCAAGUAUCAUGGGCCUCGGUGCCAUCAUGGGUGCUUUGUUGUUUAUCUAA